AUGGGUGGGCCGGCUACGGCCGGCUGGGAGACGUCCACGCGGCCGACGACAUACAGCUUACGCACCUCGUUCCCCAGCAUGAAGGCGGUGGGACCGCGGAAGGGGAAGGAGUGCACGGGGAGGGCAGAUGGCAUGAUCUCCACGCCAACGAUCUGUGCGCCCUUCUCCUCCCGCAGCUCCUGGCAGCAGGCCUCGAUGCUGGCAUGCCAGCCGAAGUCCACGUGGGCAUCUGAACCAUGA